UAACUGGUCACUGUCAGCCUGUUGUUAAAGCUAUGUGCUCUCCAUACCGAUGUGCGGCUUGGUUGCCAUUAAAUUUAUUACAAACUGGGAGUCAAAUCUAUUAAUAAUGAGUUCCAAACCUAAGAAAUAACUAACACUAAGGUUGUCAGCUUACAUUGCUUUGUGCAUAUGUGCUUCAUCCUGAAUGCCAGUCCAGGAGGUACAAACCACAUGAUGCAGUUGUGAAGCUGAAACAUAUUAGGGCAGGAUGCAGUCUUCAAACCACCGACUACGAGACAUGGAGCAGCACCACCCGCUGUUGUCGGCAGGUGCAGACGUCGAAGCGGGAAGCCUGGCAGCCGGAGUGAUGGUUGGGGUUCCCCACUCGGGCCACACACCAGGGAACCGCACAGUGUGGUUUAUUCAGGACAGCUGUGGUAUGGUGUGUGCGACCAUGACCUGGUUCCUGGUUCUGUACGCUGAGUUUGUUGUGAACUUUGUCAUGCUUCUGCCUGCCAAGAACUUCUGGUACUCGCUGCUUAAUGGGGCCACCUUCAACUCACUGGCUGUGCUUGCACUGGCCUCACACCUGCGCACCAUGUUGACCGACCCGGGUGCCGUUCCUAAAGGCAAUGCAACAAAGGAGUACAUGGAGAGCCUGCAGCUGAAGCCUGGGGAGGUCAUCUACAAGUGCCCCAAAUGCUGCAGCAUCAAGCCUGAAAGAGCACACCACUGCAGUAUUUGUAAACGAUGCAUCCGGAAGAUGGAUCAUCACUGUCCCUGGGUCAAUAACUGUGUGGGUGAAAAGAAUCAAAGAUUCUUUGUUCUUUUUACUAUGUACAUAGCCUUAAUUUCUGCCCAUGCCCUGGGCCUCAGCGGUAUGCACUUCUUCACAUGUAUUAAAGUCCAGUGGAGUGAGUGCAGUGACUUCUCUCCAGGGGUGUCUGUGCUAUUGCUGAUCUUCCUCUGUCUCGAAGCCGUCCUCUUCCUCACUUUUACAGCCGUGAUGUUUGGCACGCAGAUCCACUCCAUCUGCAAUGAUGAGACGGAGAUUGAACGUCUUAAAAAUGAAAAGCCAACGUGGGAGCGUCGUAUGAGGUGGGAUGGAAUGAAAGCUGUUUUUGGGGGUUCGCCAUCCCUGCUGUGGUGCAAUCCAUUUACCGGCCUGCGUCUGCGCCGCCUGCUGCUGUUGACCCACAGUCGCCGUGGUGGCUCUGAGUUUUCUGUCUGAGAAAUGCAACAGACAGAGGUAGAUCACCAACACCUGGCUGUGUCGAAGGCAAACUUUCUUCUUUGUCUUCUUGGGUUGGAGCUAAGAUGGACCUCCUCUCUCGAGGUCCUUGUGAGCGGCUGACAGAUAUACAGGCUGUGGGAAUCCAGCGCAUCACAAUCACCACUCAAAAGUUUGUACUCUCACUUUUACAUGCUGAUAGACCCAGCACAUUUGGUCUUGUACUGGAAGUGUAUCCUCAAUAAUUGGAAUAAUAAUAAUUUUUAAUUUUCUUGGUUUGUGUGUUUUCUUGGUUAAAAAAAAAGAAAAAGUGUAAUGCAAGUGAGUCUUUUAUUCCUGCCCGUCCAAGGUGCUGUUGGAACUCAGCUCAUGCACAUGACAUUCAAGAUGAAUUUUUUUGGAGAGGGAUCAACAACAUAUCUUUUAUCAUUACUGGACCCAAGCAAGAAGAUUUAAUUGGGCAAAUGCAUGAAACUGCUCUGUUGGACCCAAACAAGGGAAUCACAGUGGAGGACAUGCACUACUUACACAACAUUUAAGAAAAGCCUGGAAAUGGAGCACAACAGUCAUCAGAGACUGAACUGUGUUGCUCCCAUUUGCAUGUACAACAGCCCAAUCAGUCAGCCUGGAGAUGGGGCUUUCAUCAUCUUCAAUUUAUUGAACAGGCUACCGUGAACAAAAGCCUUAUUCUCAUUCAAGUGGACUGAGUGGAUUUUCCUAUAUGUUCAUCCACUUAGUCAUACCCCCUUCCUCAAGCUAAAAUUGUUCUUUUUUUUGGAUUCUAUGAGCCAGUAGUAAUUGCUACUCCUUUUUUAUGACUGCUGAAAUAUAAUCACCAAGACCACUCCUCAGCUGAUCACCUUAAUGACACUGAAGAUGACUACUGAGUCCUCAUCUGGAUCCUGUUUUGUAUUAAAUGUAUGUGUCCAUGAAUUUGCUAUUCCACCACUCCUACAUGCUGCUUUACAUUCAAAGAUGCUUCUAAAACAUUCAGUGACUGCCAGACCACUGACAUGCCUCCAAGUGUUUUCAUAACAAAGUAAUUCAGGUUGAAGAUGUAAUGUUACUAAAUUGUUUUCCUAGUACAUGUUUUUUCCUUUGUCUUGGAACCUGGAGGCUGCUUCUGUGUGUUAGGAAUCUAUUUACAAGAACAUUUGAAUAAGACGUCAUAGCAUUUAAACCCUGAAAAACAACCAUACAAACCCUCAGUGGAGUGCUUACUCUGACAGGGUCGCUUUGCAUGCUUCUUGGCGACACUAGUGCAACAUUUUUAAAAGAGGAGUUUGGAAAGACUAGCACAACCUUGUUUGGCUCAUUGUGAGCUCAUUCUGAUCAAGAGAGCCAAGUUCCUUUUGUGAAGUCAGUCUGUAGAUUUAAAAAGAAAGUGGAACUGGAAAAAAAGGCAACGCUAAUGGGUUCAUUAUGCAAGCUUUAAUACCCGAAAAAGUUUGAGGGAUCCCUCAAACUUUCAAGCAGAUGCUUGAAAGGCCUUUUUCUACUUUCCGCUGUACAUGUUUCAGGUCUGUAACGUUUAGUGGAUGGGCAAGAGGGGGCAUUUCCCCAGUCUUGUCAGAGCAGAUUUGACUUUAAAAUCAUGCAGUCAAGUGAAUUGGCCUGGAAGAUAUUUGACCUCUGCCAUAUUUACGAAUGUGUUCAUUUUUAAAUUUUAUUCUGCAUCAACAAUGGCCCUGUUAGCGCUAAAAGAAUGUGGCUUUUUCAAUCUGAAUUUCUGUAUUUAAAGUUUUGACUUGGAUUGCUAUUAUCAAUCUAGAUUCUCAAAUUAUAAUUUUCUGGCUUGCUGGACAUUAUACUGCUGUUUAUUCUGCUGUGUGGCUGUCGAUAGAAAAAACUUCACUGUUUACAUUAGAUGAUGAUAUCUAAAACUCUAAGGUUAUAGUGUUUUAAGAAAUGUGCUGUCAAUGUAAAACAUGUUUAUUUUAGGACCGGGGGGGUCAGAGCACUGAGCUCUAACUAAUAUCAGGGGAUUUUAUUAAUGCUGGCCUCUCAUUUCUUAGUCUGUUUUGCUGUUCUGCAUCACCACUAUAGAUUCUGGAUUUUUUUUUCUUUUUGUAAGAUUGUCAAAUUUCUAUUCAAAAACAUAUUUUCUUUAUGUUCAGCACAGAAAAGUUGUAGGGUUUUGACAGACAAAUCUUUAAAGAACUCAUAUUCGUGUUUUUAAUUUAAAGAAAUACUAUCUAAAAUGACUCAUAGAACAAUGGUAAAAUGUGUGUGGUAUUGUUUUACAGAUGUACAAAUAUGUUGGAAAUUAAACAGCAGUUAUUUAAAAUAGUUGCUAAAUGACAUCCAGACUCAAAAAGCUGACAAGAGUCCACACUGAGAUGUUAUCAAAAUAGAAGCCAAUCUCUGGAGCAGGACUUGGGGUAACAGGCUUAAUUUAGUUGUGUUUGUAUUAAGUAGGAAAAGAACGGAAUUCGUUACAGAUUGACAAAUAUUGCUGUGUUGGCUGGAUAUCAAUGUUUGAUGUUGACUGGUUUCAUUUGGACAAGCUUGUCUGAUGUAUACAAGUAUGUGACAGUAAGGUAUUCCUGUUCCAUGACCCAACUUGGAUGCUGUAUUAUACUGAGAUUCUGCUAUUAAUCUGCUAGAUUAAUCUGUAUGAUGAUUUGUAAAGGAUUAUACAGAUGAGAUGAUUACUCAACAUUUUUCAGAAUUAUUGAGACAACAAUAUGCUGUCAAUGCUUUUUCUCAUUCUAGCUUACAGUUAAAGGGGAUUUAUGGAGAAAAUCUUAGAGGAAGAGGCUUUGGUGAUAUAUAUUAUUAAAUCAAUGUUUAGUCACAAAUAUGUCAUUAACACAAACAUGAAAGGUUUAGUUUGACUCUCCAGAGAGAAUGUAAAAAAAUAAAAGUCAUUCAGCUUUAUAAACAAAGUAUAAUGGUAAUAACAUAUGAAACGAAUGUUUUGUUUUAAUUUUUUUUAUUGUGUCAAAAUAGUAUGUCAUAUCAUUAAUGUCAUUCUUUUACAUAAUAAACUUGAAUAAAUUCAA